AUGUCCUGGAACCAUCUGAAAGGACACGACGAGGACCACGCGACAAACCCUGGAAUCAGAAUCAACGGCAGAAAUCUAACGCAUCUAAGAUUUGCAGAUGAUAUUGUCCUAGCGGCAAAUCAUCCAAAUACUGCCAGCGAGAUGGUCCAGGAACUAGUGGAAAGGUGUGCAAAAGUAGGUCUCCAAUUCAAUACUAACAAAACCAAAGUGUUGCGAAACACAUUUGCCACCGACCAUCCGGCGCAACCACCACCACCGCCAUCGAAGAUGUCAACGAGUACAUCUACUCAGGUAGACUACUCAACGGACGAAACGAAUUUCAGCCGGAGCUCCAUAGAAGGCGACGAGCAGCGUGGGCAGCAUUCAACGGAAUCAAGAACACCACGGAUGCCAUCACCUGCCCCAAAAACCGUGCCAGACUCUUCGACUCAAUCGUCCUCCCGGCGCUCGCUUACGGCUCAGAAACCUGA